AUGGAUUCAGACGAGGUACGAAAACGAAAGGAGUAUGCAGAGAGAAAGGUGAAAGAGAGGCAUGCAGCACUCCGAAAAGAAGCCGGCGAACGGCGAAAACAGACGUUGGAGCAUCGGGAAAGAGUGCAAUCCGUGUUGAAGCGAGAGCAAGUGCUGCUUCAGAAAAGAAUGCAGCAGCUGAAUGAGGAUGAAGAGCGAAAGAAGGCGACGUUGGCGAAACAACACGAAGCCACGUCACGUACGGCGGCAAUCAAUAAGUCCUCACCGAAAUCGUUCGCUUUCGGGUCUUCAACUCCCCGGACGUUGGCUUAUUUGGAUAAUUUGCCGAAGAGUGAACAGCAGUAUGAUAAGAAAUUGAGGCCACUCGAAGAUUCGAGCCAGUUGACGAGUCCGACGUCUACAAGUUCCUCCACGAAGUUCGGGCGAACAACGGCUUCUCGGCCGCCUCCAGCUGCCCACCGGCCGGCUCCCGCAAUGUCAUCGAUGACAUCUUCAAUGUAUGUCACGUCGUCGGCUCCCCCGACUCGUCACGCGAAAACUUCGAUAAAAUCGUCAAUAACAACGACGUCCACGACGAAAAAAGCGCCGGUGGCCUCAAUGAUGACACAGUCAGUAUACACACCAUCGAGUCGACCGGCUACUACUUCGAGACUAUCGAUGGGAGCGGCGAAACCGAACCGUGGAGCCACACCGACAUCAGCAAGAACGAAUCAUCCAAUUUCCUCGACACCAAAUAGACGAUCGAUGGACACAAGAAAACCACCGAUGCCAAGAAAGUCAAUCUUGGAGAGGAAACAAGAGGCGAAGAAGGAAGUAACACCGGUUUCUGAUGCUCCAGUGGUUGAAGUUGAGGAAGAAUCUCAAGUUGAGACUGUCGUCGUGGCAACUGAAACUUCUCCUUUGGUCGAAGAGACAACAGAACAAGAAACCGAAGUUUUGAGACCUGAAACACCAGAAGUUGUUGCCCAAGAGGUUCCACAGCCAGAAGAGAAGCCAGUUGAAGUCGUCACGGAGGAACCGAAGGAAGUCGAAGAAGUUCACGUUGCUCCAGAGCAAACUCAACAAGAUGUCGAAGAGACACCGCGAGCGGAUUCGCCAGCACCGGUUGCUGAAAGCACUGUUGAUAAGGUGGAAGAAGAAGCUGAGAAGCCAGUUGAAAAGCCAGAAGACGUCAUCAUUCUUCCUUCCGAGACAGUGGAGCAUGAAUCUGUUAAUGAAGUUCAUGAAGAGAAACCAACGGAAAUCGUCGAAUCUGUACAUCAAGAAGAGGAAGAAGAGGAGCAUCAUGAAGAAGAGCAUCACGAGACAUCUGGCAACACUUCUCUUGCUGACGAGCUGAUCAGUAUUGGAAUUGAUCAGAAUAUGUCACAAGAUGAGAUUAUGCCGUCGAAGCCAGAGGUUGUCGAACUGGAGUACCCGCUCAUUGAAGAAAAGAAAGUUCCAGUCGCUGCUGUCAACGAUCUUGUUGAUGUGUUCGGAAACGACUUCAUCAAUCAGAAUCAACCACAACGAAUGGUUGAAUUUGACGAGGACACCGACAGUGGUAAAGCCUCCCCAACAUCAUCUGAAACCUCAUCAACAACUGAUGAAGUGACACCAAGAAGUGUGAUAGAGGAAGUGAAGGUGUUGGCUCCACGAGUUCUUCCGAUUGUUAGAUCAGCUGAAGACAUGGCAAGAAAAGAGAAAGAAGCUCGUGAAGCUGAGGAACGAAAGAAUCGUCUCGCCGCUAUCCUGGCGAAAUCUAGGGGAAUGGCGUCACCAAUGACGAAUACAUUACCUCCGACGGCCGCUGAUAUCAAAGAUUCAUCACCCGUCACUACUUCACCGCCUUCGCCGCCUCGAUCCCCACAAAUGGUCGCUGAGCAGCCGACCUCUUCAGCAGCAAAUGCAUCCACAGAAGAGAGUGCCGAUAAGGCAACGAAUGAAUCUGGUCGAGCCAACGACGUUCUUGCUCGUGUCGCCGCGAUGACCAACUCCUCGACACUGCAGAAAAUUCUGCAGCGAAAGCAGGGAAGCAACCCGUCACUUCAGACUUCUGAAUCAACGGGCGGCGAAAUUUAUUAA